CACAUAAUAUAUAAAGCCUCGCGUCGCGGGGUUUGGCUCCAUUUCACCCUCGCAAUGGCUUGCUUCUUCUCCUUCGUCUCCGACUCUGACCUCUGACUGACUAAUACAACCCAAACCCUAACCCUAAUUCUUAUUUCUCCCAUUUUCAAUUUCAUUUUGUUUCCCUGUUGAAAUCGCUCUGAUUUGAAUCCAUAAUUGGGGUUUUUCUAAGCUUUAAUUUCUGAUUUUUUUCUUCAAUUUUUUUUCCUCCUUUUAUUAUUUUGGGAAAGCAAUCAACAAUUUUGGUUAUUCGCGACUUGAGAUUUCAUGAGUCGUAACUCUUCAACCUCGCUUGCUCCUGGGUUUCGAUUUCAUCCUACUGAUGAAGAGCUUGUUAGCUAUUACCUGAAACGGAAGGUCUGCGGUAAAUCUGUGCGCGUCGACCCUAUCUCCGUCGUCGAUAUCUACAAGACGGAGCCUUGGGAUCUUCCUGAUAAAUCAAAGCUGAAGUCUAGGGACUUGGAGUGGUAUUUCUUCAGUGCUUUGGAUAAGAAGUAUGGAAAUGGGUGGAGGACUAAUCGGGCUACUGAGAAAGGGUACUGGAAGACUACUGGGAAAGAUCGCCCCAUCAUUCACAAGUCCCGGAUUGUUGGGAUGAAAAAGACCCUUGUUUUCCAUACUGGGCGAGCCCCUAAAGGCGCUAGAACCAACUGGGUCAUGCAUGAGUACCGCCUCGAAGAUGAGGAAUUGAAGAACGCUGGAAUUCAACAGGAUGCGUUUGUGCUUUGUAGGAUAUUUCAAAAGAGCGGUACCGGCCCCAAGAACGGGGAGCAGUAUGGGGCGCCUUUUGUUGAGGAAGAGUGGGAAGACGACGAGGUGCCUGGUGAAGAGGCGCCGACUGGUGAAGUGUUACUUGGUGAUGGUGCAUUUGUUGACGUGAUUGAACCUGAUCAGACUUUUGGUACAAUUGUUCCGUCAGGAUUUCCUGCCAUUCCAUCAGAUUAUCAUCAUGAAGAUACAACCAACUAUGUUCAGAACUCUGGAGACUUUGCUGAAGAUGGUCCAUCAGAAGUUGCACCACCACCAGCAUUCUAUUAUGGUGAGACAAGCAACUAUAUUGAGCAUUCUGGGGACUAUGCUGAAGAUGGUUCGAAGCCUAUUAUAGGCAGGGAAAUUUCAGAGCUCGGUGAGAGACAAACUGUCUUUGAAUUACCAGUGCAAUAUGAGAUGAAUGCACCAGUCAAAGAUGAAUAUUUUGUUCAACCAAGCAUUAGUGAAAAUCCUGCUGAAGAAUAUAUUGUUCCACCUAGUAAUAGUGGAAAUCCUGUUGAUGCCAAUUAUUCACUUCCUGGACAAUAUCUAGAUGCUACUGACUAUCUUCCAUUUGGUGAGGGAUUAUACCUAGAAACCAAUGAUCUUUCAAAACCUAUUGAGGCGGAUCUCGCAGAUGUUGAUAUUGAUUACCUAAGCUUCUUUGAUGCAAAUGAUGACAUCUCCCAAUACUUGGAUUUUGAUUCCUUUGAGAAUCCGGGGAUUGAAAAUAAUGUUACAGAAGAAGAGCCUCCCUUGCAAAUGCUGGUGACUGGAGAACCUGAGGCAGCGCCCAUGGGAACCAGACAAUCCGUGGAAGAACAUCCUGAUACCAGUAGGGCUUCUUCUUCAAAUCAAGAGGCAGAUGUCACAAAGUUUGAGUCUGAUUUUAAAUACCAAUUCAGCAAACAGGCUAGUCAAAUGCUGGGCAGCAUCCCUGCUCCUCCUGCAUUUGCAGCGGAGUUCCCUACUAAAGAUGUGGCUGUUUUGAAUUCUGUUGCACAAUCUUCCAGUUCGGUUCAUGUAACCGCUGCCAUGAUCAGAAUAAGAAACUUGAGUGUUGAUGGCAAUGGAAUGGGCUGGUCUUAUGGAAAGAAUGAGAAUGUUGACUUUUUCCUAUCUGAUCUUAGUUCUGCCUCUAUGGUUUCUAUGGUGCCAAUGGCUGACACACUUUCUGGCAAGACAGCAUCUGUGGUGUCAAAAGGCUUGUUCUUCUUUAUGUUCAUUUGGGUAUUAGUUAUUUCUGUGAGCUUCAAAGUGGGGAGCCAUAUAUGUUCCAGGUAGAGCGUCGGCAGUUAGGAGUUGGCAUUGGCGUACACGGCAUAAUUAUCCAGGAGAGAUUUUGCACUAAAUUCACCUUGGUAACCUCAUUAGGAUUGUAUGCAAUUGGGUUCAAAAAAUAUCUAUCUGUACCAAUUGCUGAACUGACUAUAUUUAAAUAUGGCAGAUGCAGAGGGUGUGUUUGAUUUAUUUUUUAGUUGUAUCUUAUUUUAUUGUAAGGUAACAAUGGAUAUACUUUGGCUUAGUAUAUAGAUAUACAAUAUAUAUUAGACUUGUAGAA